ACAGAUUUGUAAAGACGACGUCCGACCUUGAGUACAUAAAGUCAUUGUCCUGCCCUGAUAAACAUGCAUCUACAUCCACAUCCACAUCCUUUUGCUUUGCUAUACCCAAAUACUGUUCUAUACCCAAUCAACUCCCAAUAAUAUUUCACAUCCCACAAUAUGGCACCACCAACGACCAGGCAAUGGAAAGUCCAAGGAAAGAGUGGCUUCGACGCCCUCAAGUUUGAGGAGAGCGCGCCAAUUCCCAAGAUCGGCGACAAGGACGUCCUUGUGAAGAUCAACGGCGCAUCCCUCAACUACCGCGACCUAAUAAUCCCGAAGGGCAGAUACCCUUUCCCUGCGAAAGACGAUGUUGUUCCCGGCUCGGACGGAGCCGGUGUGGUCGAGUCUGUUGGUAGCGGCGUCACACGAUUCAAGGCCGGCGACCGCGUCGUAACACUGUUCAACUCCGGUCAUCUUGCCGGCUCCCUUGAUGCAGCAUCUUUGGCGACCGGUCUCGGCGGUGCUGUCGACGGCACACUGCGAGAGUACGGCGUUUUCGACGAGCAGGGUCUUGUUGCGGCGCCCAAGAACCUGAACGACCUCGAGGCCAGCACACUGAGCUGCGCAGGACUGACAGCGUGGAAUGCGCUCUAUGGCUUGGAGAGCAGGGCGUUGAAGCCCGGGCAGUGGGUCCUGACCCAGGGUACAGGUGGUGUCUCGAUCUUCGCGCUUCAAUUCGCAAAGGCUGCUGGCGCACGCGUCAUUGCUACCACAUCCUCGGCCUCGAAGGCCGAGACGCUGAAGAAGCUCGGCGCCGAUCACAUCAUCAACUACAAGGAGACACCCAACUGGGGUGAGAAGGCUAAGGAGCUCACCGGCGGCUUGGGCGUGCAGCAUGUUGUCGAGGUUGGUGGUCCCACGACCAUGGCUCAGAGUUUGAAGGCCAUUGCAAUCGACGGUGUCAUCACCAUUAUCGGCUUCAUCGGCGGCAUGGACAAGAACCAGCCCACCUUCCUCGAGACAUUGAACAACAUCUGCACUGUUCGUGGUAUCUUGGUCGGCAGUAGGCUGCAGAUGGAGGAUAUGGUGUCUGCGAUCGAGGCGAACGAUCUUCACCCUGUUGUCGACGAGAAGGUCUUCGAGCUCAAGGAUCUCCAGGAGGCGUACGAGUAUAUGUGGGAUCAGAAGCAUUUUGGCAAGCUUACCAUUAAGGUCUCCGCUUAGGUCUGGAAGUAGAGUUCAUAGGUCAAACGAAUGUAGAAGGUACUCAAACAGAGCUUGUUCACAACUAUGUGCGGCUUGUGCAGCCGUGGGGUAUCUCAAACGAUCGUGCUCCAAAAAUGCUCAAAAACAAAAAUUCAAAAAUACAAAAAACAAAAAACAAAAAAACA